AUGGAUCUCGACGCUGGCGACUCCCCGUGGGGCGACGUGCCUUCACAAUCGACCACCACCCAUCAAGCAUCCCGAUCCGAAGUAGAAGAAACGUCUCCCGAUCAAUCGACACAACAAGCUAGCCCCAGUGCCCCCCGUUCCCCUGUACGACGAGGCCCACGAGGCACCCGAAGGAUCAAUGCGCAAGCGACGAAGCUAGAGGCGGUGGAUGACUCGUUUGAUCCUCUUGGUCCGCUCGGAGACAAGGCGGAAACUAGUCCACUUGAGCAGGCACCUGCCCCGCCGCAGAAGGAGGUCUUCUCAGGGCGCAAUGUUCGUCCCACAUCAUCUGCCUCCCAAGCGUCCACAGGAACUGGCUUGGCGGAUUCCGUGAAUCUGGAAGAGGAUGGUGCAGGGUUCCGAGGGCCUCCGCCGGUACAACCCCCGAGUGACGCAGAAGGGGCGAAACGGCAAUCCGAACCCAGUAUUAGCGUGGAGAAAGCUGCGAACCCGACCUUCGAUAUCACUGUCGGCGAUCCGCACAAGGUCGGAGAUCUCACCAGCAGUCAUAUUGUGUACCAAGUGAGAACCAAGACGACCUCCAAAGCCUACCGACAACCGGAGUUUACUGUCAGCCGCAGAUACCGUGAUUUCCUUUGGCUCUAUAAUUCGAUGCACAACAAUAACCCCGGUGUUGUUGUCCCCCCUCCUCCAGAGAAGCAAGCGGUGGGCCGUUUCGAUACGAACUUCGUCGAGUCUAGGAGGGCUGCCCUUGAGCGGAUGCUGAACAAGAUUGCGGCGCACCCUAUUCUCCAGCAUGACGGCGAUCUUAAAAUCUUCCUCGAGAGCGAAACCUUUACCAUGGACGUGAAGAACAAGGAAAACAGGGAACCGGACCUUGGCCAGAACAAGGGCAUGUUCAGUUCCUUUGGCAUUAGCGUCGGUGGCGGUGGAAAGUUCGUCGAGCAUGAUGAUUGGUUUCAUGACCGCAAGAUCUACCUGGACGCCCUAGAGAAUCAACUCAAGGCAUUGAUGAAGUCGGUUGACACAGUGGUGGCGCAGCGCAAGGGGCUGGCCGAGGCUGCUGGCGACUUUUCGGCUUCCCUCCAUGCAUUGGCAGCUGUCGAGCUGUCUCCUGCACUUUCUACCCCUCUGGACGGUCUUUCCGACCUACAACUACGGAUAAGGGAGCUAUACGAACGCCAAGCUCAACAGGAUGUUCUCACCCUGGGAAUCACAAUCGACGAGUAUCUUCGUUUGAUUGGAAGUGUGAAGACGGCCUUCUCUCAGCGCCAGAAGGCUUUCCACAGCUGGCACGCGGCGGAAGCGGAAAUGCAGAAGCGCAAACAUACCCAAGAGAAGCUUCUCAGACAGGGUAAGACGCAGCAGGAUCGUCUGACCCAAGUCAAUGCCGAUGUGGCCGAUGCCGAGAGGAAGGUUCAUCAGGCACGACUCCUCUUCGAGGAUAUGGGUCGACUUAUGCGAAAUGAGCUCCAACGAUUCGAGAAGGAGAAGGUGGAGGACUUCAAAUCUGGCGUUGAGACCUUCUUGGAGAGUGCAGUGGAAGCGCAAAAGGAGUUGAUUGAGCUUUGGGAAACAUUCCUCUUGCAGCUGGAUGCGGGUGAAGAAGGAAACCCUCUCUACGGCACCGCGGGAGUGAGCGAUGCUUCUGCACCCCCUGCGGUCGAGGACACCGCCGAAGCUACUCCAGCAGAGGAGGCAUAG